AUGCUAAGAGAUAAUUUAACACAUCUCGCUGACGUAGAAGACGAUGACGAAAAUGACAAACUGACAGUUAAGAUGUACAGAGAUGUGGAAAAGAUAAGGUUUAAGGAUUUGUUUUACAGAAGAUUAGUCAUGUGUAAGAAACGACAAGAGCUGAUUGUUUGGCUAGUCGAUGAAAUAGAGUCAAUAUUCGGUACUCCAAUGGUUUUGCAAAUGUUAGUGAUGGCCUGGAUCAUCUGUAUGACUAUUUACAAGAUAGCUGCCAUAAAUAUAUUAUCAGUGGAAUGUUUAGCAAUGGUUGUAUAUUUGAACUGUGUUUUGUUCCAAUUAUUUAUCUACUGCUACUUUGGGACGCAACUUAAAUACGAGAGUGAGUACGUGAAUCAAUCGAUCUACGAGUGUGAUUGGCCGGCGGUGUCGCCGCGUCUGCGUCGGCCGCUGCUUAUAAUGAUGGAGCGCUGUUACCGGCCCAUUGCACCCUGUAUUGCUUACGUGGUGCCCAUGUCACUCGAUACUUUUAUAUCUGUGGUGAAAUUCUCAUAUUCAUUGUACACAUUUCUGGAUCGAAAAUAA